AGAUUAUUUUCGUGUUGAUGUCGUGUGAUGAAUGUGGACGCCGUAUCCGCGGCGUCCCGAGACAACACCAUUACGUUGUCUCAGGAUACCACUCCAAUGGCCGCGAAGAAAGUAGCCAGUCCAGAAGCAGACAACAAGAACUUGAGGAAAUUAUGUUCUCUUGUCCGAUUCCACGGCGAAGAGCUUAUGCGUGGAUCCACGAAGCUCAGCUUGUCCAUCGAUGCCCUUCAAGUGAUCCUCCGAUUAGUUGCUGGUGAUGUUGCGGAUCUUGCAGCAGAUGGUUCCGAUCCAUUGUUGUUUGAAGCUGCGUGCCUUCAAGGUGUCCUGAAGUCCGUCUUAAAACUCAAAAUUUGCCGUGCCUUGAGUCGAUCAGAUCUACCUGUUGUGGUUGAUCUUGGAGCUUUCGAGCAGUUAUGUUCUUUGGAAGUAGUGGGUGUUGCCUUGGAGUGCAUUUCUGGGUUGGGCCCAUUAGCCCGCCGUCUUGUGUCAAUCACGCUCGAAAAUUGUCGGUUUAAGGCUGGCAUCCGCGACUUCUUUGUUGAUGCUGCAGUAUCGAAGACAAUUGAAAAAAGGGAAGCAGAAGAAAAUGAUGGAAUUGAAGAAGCGGUUGAGUGGCCAGAACUCCGAGAAGUUAAUAUCCUGAGGAACGACCUUACAUCAUUAGAUUCAUCUCUCACCCUUGCACCUCGACUGAAAAUCCUCGAUGCCAGUUACAAUAAUUUGACAGACGCAGGAGUGGAUUGUUUGGGUCGCUUCGGUCAAUUAACGCGGAUGAACUUGAGCUUCAACUGUCUGAAACAUGUGCCAAGUUUUGGCCCUGGUUCUGGAGUAUUUUUGCAUACGCUUCUUUUGAGAAACAAUUCUUUGGAGAAUCUCAAUGGACUUGAAUCUCUAAUUUCACUGAAGAUUUUGGAUGUUUCUUUCAACAUAAUAUCUUGGCCUGGAGCGUGCGAAGCUUUGAAGAGUUUAUCUGCACUGACGGCUCUCCAUCUAGACGGAAAUCCCUUGUAUUACGGUAAAAAUUACCGCACAUCCGUCCUUUCCCACCUGCAUCCGAGUUUGAUGACUCGAAAGUUUUCUCUGGAUGGAAAAGUACUGUCUCCCUUCGAAAGAGAUGCAAUCCGGGAUGCCGCUUUGGACAGAUACAAUUUGGCUCCAGCGCCAGUUCCGCAGCUUGAGCUGAACUCAACACAAAACACACAUGACAUGGAAACCUCCAGUUUUGGAGGAGCGUCGCAGUGCAGUUCUCAGCCGAGGGCGAAAGCGAGGCGUGUUCGUGAAGCGCCUAUUGCCUCCACGGACGAUCUGGCUGGUUCGUUCGGAUCUCGUUCAAGCAAUAUUGCUCAAGACAGGGCGAAAAAUUUGCACGUUGUGCGUGCUAUCGUCGAGAAUCCCAAGGGUCCACCUUCACCUGUACAAAUUCGCAGGAAUUCACCUGCUGAAAGAGGAUCGCCGAUAUGCUGUUCAACGCCAGUGGACGUCACGUCAACUCGUGAUAAGUUGAAGGCGUUGAGGAAUCAAUACGGAAGUGAUAACUGGUUAGGAGCUCUUGCUGCUGCACCGGAGGCUGCAGGAAUUUUGGGCAUUCCCCGCGGUGAGUCGCCAGUGAAGCAAUCAGCGGAAGAUAAGCAUAAUUCAGUCAUUCAGCCAGCACCGAUUUGCCGCAGCAUGGCAUUAUCCGGUCAGAUUGAACCAAAAGUAGCUGAAAACGAGCAACUCGUGUCCGAUGAGUCUGAAUCCUUUACGGAAGAAGUGGAAGACGUCGUUUCAUAUCCCUGUGGAUCGGCAGGAAGUGAUGAGAUGCGGCCCUUGAAAUGCUGCCUAGUUGGCAGCAUUGACGCAGAUGGCCGUUUGAAAGUUUCUGAGAUCAUAGAACGUGAUGCCUCAACGAGAUCAAUUUUAUCACGAUGGGAUGUUUAUAGUUUAACUAAAGUCGAGGUCGAUGCAUCUGACGAACCCGCAAAGAUCUCGUUGACGUUCAAAACCAUGCGCAAAGAUGCGCAGAGUAGGUCGUAUCUGAUGAGUGGUGAUAGUUGUUGGGCAUUAUCGGAGUUUCUCCACCCUUACUGGCAAGAAAAAGAUGCGGAAGGAAACGAUUUCGGAGCAUGGGAGUGUGUCAAGUGCUCGUCGCAGUUCGCAAAGGAAACGAAGAAUUAUGAUCCCAAAAGAGGUAAAAAUGUGCGGUGUCCGAUUUGUGGCAGUGACUUGGUCGUGUCCCUCGAAGGAAUGCCUGAGCCGAAAUCGGUGAAGCCUUCCCACGUCGAGAAACUUGCUCCUCGUUGCAGUAGCGCGGAAUCAAAUGACGAUCGAAGCAGCUCUUCCACGCCAAAACCGAAAUUCGAACCGGGUUCCAGGGGAGGCAGCCAGCCGGUGACAACGAUCGCGAGUGAUGCAAGUAGCGAUAUUGAAGUUUUGAGCAAGGCUUCCAGUUCGAGUAUUGAGGUUUUGUCCCGAGAAGAGCCAGACGGUGUGGAGGAAGAUGCACCUCGCCAAGGCAUCACUCGUUCUGGCGAAUCACCUGUGGGAAGUUGUCGUUCCGGGAAAGUAAUGACGAGCAGUACUUCCUCUGAAUCCAUGACGGCUAGUUAUCACACGGCAUAUAAUCUUACGAACAAGACCAGCAGCAGUCUGGAGACAAAUGCUUCGUCUUCGACAAUUGUUGGGACGGCGACUACGGGCGUUGCGCUGAAAACAUUUGCCAACGCAGUGGUUUCUUCAAAGCCGUCUGCGUCGCUUUCAUCAUCCUACAUGAAACUCUUUGCUGAAGCGCAUCGAGAAGUGGAUGUUGUGCAGAAAGACGCAAUCAAACCCGUGAUUGAUGCGUUGAACCGCGGAAGAACACAGAGCCUGAAUUGCCAGUUGGAAGACUUGGAUGACACUGUGGAGGACAAGGAUUUUUACAGUUUGAGUGUGUUGAAGGCGUUAGCCGCUAGUCAGCUUGCAGUUGGAGGCGGAAAGCGCCGCCGAGCAAAAGAUGCGUUGUAUUUCUUGAACGAGCGCCUUGGAACGAGGGAUUCAUCGUUAGAUUCCACCAAGAGCUUUGUAAUAGACGAUGUCAACGCUUCUGUGACAGAAUUGAUGAUGAAAUAUGACUAUGAUUCCUUCAAACGGUUUGAUCAUCGGUUGAGUCUUCACUGUGACAUUGGCGUAUUCAAAUCCUCUGCUGAAGAACUCGUUUUCGUUGCCCGAGGGGAAUUAAUGCCAUCCGGACUAGAUCAGCCAUUUGCCGGGUUAUUGGCGAUAUCGACUGAGGAAAUCUACGUUUUGCGAAUUAACGGAAAAGAAACUGAGGACCCCGAAAAGUGGUUGGAACUGGUCGAUUCCAAGCCUGUGGACCAGUUGAAAGGUCUUUCAAAAAUUGUCGGUUCUCAGGGCCUCGUAUUGCAAUUUCGUGGGCAUCCCAAGUCUCCCUGGGUUAUUUUCUUCACUGGUGAUGCACACCGGACUUCGAAUCUGAUCCAUGCUCUGUCGGAUAACAUCGGGAUUACUUUCGAGCUGGAUUGUAGUGUAUUAGUGGACGUGCAGAUGUGUCAGUUGGAGACUUCGUUGAUCGACUUUUUGAAAGACGAUUCCAUUGACCCGUGUUUUGUUUAUUUUGCUAUGGGAUAUUGCAAGAUUUCUGAAGGAAGUUGGGACCUUGCUGGAGUGAUGCUUACUGCUAGUCACGUGUGCCUGUCUCGGGGAGACUUCAAGUGGAUGUUUUCAUCGUCGAAUGGAUCAGCGAUGAGUCCAGUAGCGGCCAAGCGUCCGGAUGUUGUGAGCUUGUUCGCCGUCUUCGAUCUGAGCAACGUUGAGAUCCACGACAAACUCCCGUCAGCGUUGUCGAUGGUAUUCGUGGACAGGGCAACGAAGAGUAAGGAUUUCGAAUCCAUCGGACUGGCUGAAGGCAGAGCAGUUCGAGACACUGUGUAUGUUGCAUUUGAAACACCGCGGACUAUGAGGGACUUUCUCAAGCAGCUGCAAGCCGCAUGGAGCAGUCUCUUCUCUGGAGCUGAACUUGCAGUUGUUUCCAGCUGUCCGCAAAUCGUGUGAAGACAGAUAGGGACUCUUGGUUUACCGCAUUUCCCACUGUACUGCUUCCGAAUUUCCCCUCCUUAUGUGCCAAUUGAAGGUAAAGUUUUGACUUGAGUUUUUGGGAUUUUUUUUUUUGCGGAAGAACGAUUUUCCCGAUUUUUUUAAAAUUUCACUUUUAACGUGAAAUAUAUGAUUGUAAUUGUUCGGGAGCCAGGAUUUCGAUUAUUAACCUUGAUUCGAGUUUAGGGGACGUGGAAAAAAAAGCGUUGUCGAUGCGGACGUUAUUCCAGGGAAUUUGUUGGCUGUGCUGUGACAUGCUUACGGACUCGUGGAAAAAAUUAUCCUAAUGUAGAAAUUUUUCGCGUGAAUAGUAUCACCGAUCGACGCAUGAAAUCCAAUCGAUUCCUGAAGCUUCCAUUUUAUUCAUUGGGUUAAGAAUGUCAGGGCUGGAAAUGGCUUUGUGGGUGGAUCUUUUUUGUAUUUUUAUCUCUUCGGGUUUCGUGCGUAAAAUGAUCCGAGUAUUUCCAUCAGCUGUGAGGAGUUGAGGGCAGCAAAUUGUGUUUCAUUCAUUUUUUGCCAUUCGAUAGAUUUGUUCUAAUA